UCUGUCUGCCUGUUCACCUGUCUGUCUGCCUGCCUGCCUGUUCACCUGUCUGUCUGCCUGCCUGUUCACCUGUCUGUCUGCCUGCCUGCCUGUCUUCUGGUUAACAAAAGCUGAACAGCAGCAGUCAAACUGCAGUGAGAGCAGCGCCUCUGCUGAUUCCUUCCUGUCAGCUUCGGAUCAUUGCAGCGGCGUUUCCACUGUGGAGGUUAAUUAAAGCUCCGCUGUGCUUUAACCUGCUGCCACUCUGAUCUGAUUAACACACGCCGACAUUGUUUCUCAGUAAAGCUGUUGAUGCUGUGAUGUUGAGUGCUGCGGAGCUCAGACUGUCCGUAACUGUUACGGUAAUAAAAAAAGGACAAACACUCGUGAAAUGAAGAGAAGAUGGCCGCACACGAAUGAUCUUGUGGCCGGCGUUUGGACCACACAAGCCUCAGAUACAGCCUCACAUAUAUACCCAUAUCUAUAUAUACACUGUAUGUAUCUAUACGACCCACACCUGGAGGUGAUUCACAAUCAGUGACAUCAUCACCAAGUUACAAGGAUAUACCGUCACAAUCACUGAACAUAGGAAAAAGCCUUCCUCUCCAGGUAUAUUUUUGACACCAAGACUAACUUCAUACAGAGGUUCUGGCCUGUUCAGUAAUCCUUACGUGAUAAUAAUAAGACAACUACCUGUCACCUUCUGACUCAGGUAGGCGGGGCACCAGGGGAGGCCAGUCAGAUUCCAUGCGGGGCCAUGCCAGCCCUGGUCACCCCUCUGGUCCCGCCCCUGUUCAGAGGAGCAGAUUUAUCUGGAUCAGGUGAAGUAAUGUUUCUUAACAUUUGUCUUUAAGAUUAAAAAUCCACAUUUUAAAUGUUCUAAAAAAUAAAAAAGACACGGAUGUUGUUUGUUAAUCUAAAAUUCUGAAAAAAGCCGAGACUGUACGAUUCCCAGUGUUCCUCUGAAGUCGUCAUUAUGGGUUUAACUGGAUCACUACCAGCAGCUCUGAACUUCACAAGGUCAAAGGUCACAGAAACUGGGAUGAAAUGUUUAAAUGUCAGCACAGAAAAAAAGAACAGAUCGAUAAAUGGAAGCUGAAAGAGACAUGAAAGAUCUCAGCCAAUGAAAAUGAACUGAGACUAAGCCGACGAACGGAUCAAUGAAUGUAAAGUCCUGCAUUAGGACUGUCUCUCCAAUGAUUGGUCUAUUUGUGACGACUGAUGGGACCAAGUUGGACCGGGUCUGUUCCAGACCGGACCUGUUCCAGUCUCGUCCAUACAGAGUGUUUGAAGUCUUCAGAUCCAGUCGCUGCCCGUCGUUGUCACCAAGAUGUUUUUAAACGUUUGAUAUUUGCGACUGACUCGGCGACCGAUGAUGACGUCACUUGUGUCAUCAGUGGGAGACGCACCUGUAAAUAAACAUCCGUACCUGAAGUUCCCUCUGUGGGCUCUGCAGUCCUGCAGGCCUCCAUCCAGGAUCUCGCCAGACUCCCGUUUUUUGGUCUUUUCAGCACAAAUGUCGCUGCAUAUCAACAUGCUGCUGGUUGGCGUCCAUGUUUGUUUUUACAAGAUCAUGUGACAGUUGGUGUUCAGGUGGGAUCUGCAGGGUCGUCUACCUGCAGAGGUUCAGUGUGUUGUCUGGUGGAUUUACAGUUACUUUACUGUAGCGUUCAGAUGGUCUUCAGGUUCGUCCCAAGCUUAAGUCGCCAGAUGUCUUAAUGAGUUAAUUUGAGCUGAUUUGAAGAUUUGUUCAGUGUGAAAUUUCCCUCAGUGGACAGGAGCUCCAGAGUGACUGGGGUUGAAGGUUUUUUCCCGUUAUUUUAAAAUAAUCACUUCCUUUCCCUGGAUUUCUCACUACAAACAGAAGUACAAGUAUCCCAAAAUCAUACUUGGGUAAAUGUACUUAGUUACUUUCCUCCACUGUCCAGUCUGUUUGAUGCAUCACGAUGGGGCAAUACUCAAGAAUCGAGUAUUUGUAACAUUUGAACUGUUUGACUUUGUCUGUAGAUGUUUAACAGAUUAUCAGUACGUGGCAGUUCAUGAGCAAACCCUCACCAAGAUGUUUUUUGUGCCUAAACCAAACCUUAACCACAGUGGUGUAAAAUCAGAAAACGGUUCAUUUGGGAAACAGUUGACUUGUUGAAUCUCAGAUAAUAAGCUGCUGAAAUGUUACAAAUACUCUACAAACUAUCUGGAGGCGGACUAUCCAAAUAAAGUGCCACAGUUAACUGGUAGAAACCUUCCUGUUAAAGUGUUAUAUAACCACCCUGCGUCCAGGGCCGGCCCCGCUGCCUAACCUGAACACGGCAGGUAAAGCCUCUUGGCUCGGCCUCUGGCAGCAGAACCCUGCGGCAGGCCGGCCUGAUCCCAUUAGGGAGCUAUUUCCGGUGCUUCCUUGAAUUUUCCUCCAGGACGUAAGAGGGUCAGAGAGUCCUGAGAUCUGCUCUCUGCCUGGAUGUCGACCCUCCUGCUGCUGAAGUCUGUUGGCCUUGCUGCCGACGCCACGGAUUUCUAACCUUUUUGUCAUUUUUCUUCUUCUCUGUCCCAAGAAAAGGACUGCAGACACCUUUACCGAGCUCUUACUGAACAUCCGUCCACUGAGGAUCAAAUGAGGCCUGCAGUUCUUGUCUGAGGUCAUUUGCUGGUUUCGUCUCUUUUUCUAAAACCCUCUCUUUCCAGGUAAGGAGAAUUCCUCAGUCUUCCUUUUCUUGGAGGUUUUGUUUCUCUUCACCUCGGUGCACCUGUCGGACCGCACCAAUGGGGAACCACGGCUCGAACCUGGACGACAUCCUGGCGGAGGACAUGCACCACUGGUACAACAAGUUCAUGCGAGAGUCUCCGUCGGGCCUCAUCACGCUGUUCGAGCUGAAGGCCAUCCUGGGCCUGAAGGGCAUGAGCGAGAACGCCAACAGCUACGUGGACCAGGUCUUCUUCACCUUCGACAUGGACGGGGACGGUUAUAUCGACUUUGUGGAGUACAUCGCAGCCGUCAGUCUGAUGCUGAAAGGAGAAAUCAACCAGAAACUAAAGUGGUACUUUAAACUGUUCGACCAGGACGGCAACGGAAAGAUCGACAGGGAAGAACUGGAGACCAUCUUCUCGGCCAUCCAGGACAUCACACGCAACAGAGACAUCGACCCCGAGGAAAUCGUCUCGCUCAUAUUUGAGAGGAUCGAUGUGAAGGGAGAAGGUGAGAUGACUCUGGAGGAGUUCAUCGAGGGAGCCAAAGACCACGAGGACAUCAUGGACAUGCUGAAGAAAAUGAUGGACCUGACGCCGGUGUUAGUCAUCAUCGUGGAGGGCCGGGCGGGAUGAGAGCGCGGAGCCGGAGGUGCAGCGGGACGACAAAGACUGACUGAAGCAGAAAUCCUCCAAACCCCAUCCAAAAUAAUAAUAAUCAACCCUCACUCCCCUUCAAAGAAAGAGAAAAGGCUUGACAGUUGGAGCGAGGCAGCGGGAAACAAGGGACGCUGAAAAUGUAGAACUUUGCGAUGGACUGUGAUUGGCCGCCCAGCCUCUGAGCGUCUGGCUGCUCCUCGCCUCCGGGCAUCAGGGUGAGAAACAAAUUCAUUUUUGAAACAAAGAUAUCUUCGACGGAGACUUCGAUGUUUCCGUUUUCCAGCCGCCACCUUGAUCCCUCAGGAGUCCACCGUCACAAAGAUCACGUUUGUCCAAAAAUGUUCAAACCACAGAACUUUAUUUUGAAUUAUAGUGACGAUUCCAGUUUCCACAGAUACCAAACACGCCGAGGGCUGGACGCCGAACCUCAGGUUUGGUUUGAUGUAAAGCAGAACAGCUGACAUCCGCACUGAUGUCUGAGAAUAUCUUUAUUAACGCUGUGAUCGUGAUUUCGACCACAUCGCCCAGCCACAGUUGAGGUCGGUUCUGUCUCUGUGAGCAGAGCAUGCUGGGAGUCUUUGCUCUGAAGCUGCUGAUCCUCUUAAAGCUGUAAAAGGUUCAGCAGCCUGAGUCGUAACGGAGCUGAUCUGCCGACAGCUUCGCCACCGCAGAGCUUUAUGUUGUAAGGACAAGCUCAAGGCUUGACAAACUUCCUGCUUUAAAACACAAAAACAUACCAAACAGUAGCAUCGCUUUCAGAAAAACCCACUGAGGGUCAGAAAAUCCAUUUUCCAUUUCUGGCCUCCACCACAGAGCGGAGCAAAGUAAUCCUCAACAACCUGAUCCAUGAGCUCCUCUGGCACCAGGCCAGUCCAGAGAUUUACCCAGGCCAACCCAGGCCACACCAAGGCAAACCAGGCCAACCCAGGCCACACCCAGAGUAAACCA